CCUUUUUUAUAAAGGGAUUGAGUUUACUUUCAUUUGGAUCUUCUAUUUGUCCACGAAACUGUUUUUGUGCCUUGUUUUUAUCGCUGAGUUGCCAGAAAUUUUGGAAAAAGGGAAGAGAAUCUAUUCACGUCUCUGAAUCUGACUCUUCUGUUAAAUGGCACAAGGUUUUGGUUGUCUGAAUGUCUGAGCCACGGGAAAAAGUGUUGAACAUUUAGUAUUCAGACCGAACCUUCGUGGGAUUCCUCCAGAGUUUCCCUUUUGUGAGCAUAUGAUUGUUUAUGCCGCGGUGAUGGUUGAAUGGGCCAAUUGAAACGGAUAAAUGGCAUCAAAAGUUGCAGCUACUAGUAAGCCCGAUGAUUCUGAAUACGAAAUUGUGGAAGGUGAGUCUGAGAAUGUUUUGUCCAUGACAACUCCUUGGGUUAAUUCCUCGACAUUGAAGCUUAGGCAUCGAAUUGGAAGAGGUCCGUUCGGUGACGUUUGGCUAGCUACUCAUCAUCAGUCCACAGAGGAUUACGAUGAACAUCAUGAAGUGGCCAUCAAAAUGCUCCAUCCUAUCAAGGAGGAUCAAAGAAGGGUCGUGUUAGAUAAAUUUGAUGAUUUAUUUUCCAAGUGUCAUGGGAUGGAUAAUGUUUGUCAGCUGCGAGGAAUCUGUAGCAUCAGUGGAAGAAUAUGCAUUGUUAUGAAGUUCUAUGAGGGUUCUGUGGGAGACAAAAUGGCUCGGCUUAAAGGAGGAAAGCUCGCACUGCCUGAUGUGUUGAGAUAUGGGAUUGAUCUGGCCAAUGGAAUCAUGGAGAUGCACUCGAAAGGGUUUCUUGUUCUUAAUCUUAAACCCUCUAACUUUCUUCUUGCUGACAAUGAUAAAGCAGUCCUUGGUGAUGUUGGAGUGCCUUAUCUCCUUCUGGGUAUUCAGCUGCCAAGCUCAGAUAUGGCAGUUAGGCUUGGAACUCCAAACUAUAUGGCUCCAGAACAGUGGCAACCUGAGGUAAGAGGUCCCAUGUCUUUUGAGACGGCUUCAUGGGGAUUUGGGUGCAGCAUUGUUGAGAUGUUGACCGGUGUUCAACCGUGGUGUGGGAGAUCAGUUGACGAAAUCUAUGAUUUUGUGGUAAGAAAGCAAGAAAAGCCGAGUAUCCCCAGUGGCAUACCACCUCUUGUUGAGAACCUACUCGGGGGUUGCUUUAUGUCUGAUCUUCGUAGCCGCCCUUCAAUGGCAGACAUCUUACACGUCUUGAAGAGUUUGCAGAACACAGACGAUGAAGAAGUCUGGACAGGCAUUGAGACUAGAGAAAUCAGGAAGAGCUCGGUUAAUCUCGGAUAUACAGAAUGGUUUCUUUCCAAGGAUCAUCUGCAAGUGGACGAUACAGUUCGUUCAAGAAAGCCUGCCAACUCUUGCAAGCAUGAAAACAUGGAUGUUCCAGAAGGAACAGUGGUUGGUUUAGAACGUGAUACCGAUCCAGAGGGGUUUGCUCUGGUCAAGGUUCAUGGUCGUCAUGACCCAUUAAGGGUCCAUGUUUCUGUUCUUGAACGCGUAACUAAUGGCUUAGCUGCUGGAGAUUGGGUAAGGUUGAAGGAUGAAGACAAGAAGCACUCCCCUGUUGGAAUUCUCCACUCAAUUGAUCGUGAUGGGAAUGUAACUGUUGGGUUUAUAGGGUUACCGACCCUAUGGAAAGGGAUUUCCUCACAGCUUCAGAUGGCUGAAGCAUACAGUGUGGGGCAAUUUGUGAAGCUGAAGGCUAAUGUUCUUAGCCCGAGAUUCAAAUGGCCGUGUAAAAGAAGUGGUGGUUGUGCAACCGGGAGGAUAUCCCGGGUUUUACCAAACGGGUGUCUCGUAGUGAAGUUCCCAGGGAUGUUACCAUUUGGAGAGGAGCAUGGAAGUUUUCUGGCCGACCCGGCUGAAGUAGAGGUUGUAACUUUUAGUACAUGUCCAGGAGUUGUGAAGAAGUAUCAACACCUUGAGGAUUUCCACUGGGCUGUGAGACCUCUGUUGAUUGCUAUGGGAAUAUUGGCCGCCAUGAAGUUAGGGUUCUUUGUUGGGAAGAAAAUGGGAAGGACAAAGAACAGGAAACAACACAAUGAUUCCAUUGGACAAGGUGAUUGCCGGAAUCUGGAGGACUCAGGCAAAUCAAGAUGGCUUGUGUUCAGUGUUUAG